AUACGGUCAUAGCAGUAGCUAGCGAGCCAGCCAACCAAGGAAAAGAAGAGCAUCGUCUCCACAGAGAGGUCUAAUUGAAAGCCAUAGAUUCGAGAGAGUGAGGGAAACCACUCUCCCUGUUUCUCCAUUUUUUUUCUUUUUACAUGUUUUGUUCGCGAAAUAAGGAUUUCGUUAGAUCCCUGUUUUGGUUUCUCUGAUCAUCAAUGGGUUUGUGGGAAGCUUUUCUCAAUUGGCUUCGCAGGUUAGCUCCGAUCCGUCUAGCUUCAGUUUUAUAGAUUUUACCUCUUUUUCAAGCAGGAGAUGGAACUAUCUUUGAUUGGACUUCAGAAUGCUGGAAAGACUUCUCUUGUAAAUGUUGUCGCUACUGGUGGAUAUAGUGAAGACAUGAUCCCUACGGUAGGAUUCAAUAUGAGGAAAUUAACAAAAGGAAAUGUCACAAUAAAGUUGUGGGAUCUUGGAGGUCAACCUAGAUUUCGCAGCAUGUGGGAGCGAUACUGUCGUGCAGUCUCUGCUAUUGUUUUUUGCAUUGGUGAUGAUGUAAAAUUGGACAAACUGUUGCCAAAGAUGAUUUGCAGUUAUGUUGUUGAUGCUGCUGAUCCUGAUAACCUGGGUAUUUCAAGAAGUGAACUUCAUGAUUUGUUGAGUAAGCCAUCACUGCAUGGUAUCCCAUUGUUGGUGCUAGGGAACAAGAUUGACAAGCCAGGAGCUCUGUCGAAGCAAGCUUUGACAGAUGAAAUGGGUUUGACGUCGAUUACUAACAGAGAAGUUUGCUGUUUCAUGAUCUCUUGCAAGAAUUCAACCAACAUAGAUUCAGUUAUUGAUUGGCUUGUAAAGCACUCGAAGUCUAAGAGUUAAGUCUUGUUGUAUGUCAUUAUUUAAAGGUCCAUAUGCUGGCCCAUUGACUCAGAUAAUUAACUAACUUUUCUAUCUUAAUUGUUUUAAUUAGUCUUUCUUCCUUCUGAGCUAUCUGUACUGUAUAUUAUGAUUAUACCGUUUCUAGUGAAGCAUGCCCGGGUUUUCAUUGUUCCCUA